AUGUAUUUACUUGCCAUUCUCUGCGCUCUGAUCGUCGUUCCAGUCGUCAUUCUGGUCAGGUGGAGGAAGAAAACCUUCGAGUACUUUGAAAAUAUUGGAAUCCCUGGACCUGAACCCAACAUUAUCUGCCGAAAUCUUCUGGAAUACCACCAAAACGGCAGACACAAUGCUCUGCUGCGAUUGCACGACAAAUACGGCAAGGUGUUCAGCUUUUACAACGGCGAUGUUCCCACCCUCGUGGUUAAGGACCUUGAUUUCUUGAAUUACGUCUUCGUCUCGAACUUCAAAAACUUCGUGAACCGUGGGAUUACAAUGAUGACGGAUCAGGAGCAUUCGUUUCUCGGACAGUCUAUGAUUCAUGCCAAGGAUCCCCAAUGGCGAUUUCUUCGAAGUGUCUCAUCAAGGGAGUUCUCUUCGUACAAACUUAAACAGAUGAUGCCACACCUCGUUGAGCAAGGGGACAUCUUCAUGAAUAUAGUGCGUAAACUUGCCAAUGAUGGAAGGCAGGAAUCAAUGAAUGACGCGUUCCAAGCUCUUUCAAUGGACUUCGCAUGUCGGGCCGCCUUCGGGAUGGAUACCGACUUACAGCACAACAGGAAAUGUCCGUUCUAUAUCAAAGCCGAUGGCGUCAUUCCCGGAAUGAUGAAAGGCCCUUUACACGCGAUUGCACAAUGCACGACAACUUUCGGAAAUUUCAUGAAACCCUUCUUUUGGCUGAAUAAAGUAAUGGGGACUUUCACCAUGAAAAUAUUUGCUGAAGAUAUGGAGAAGGUUGUGAGACUCAGAACACAAAAUCCUUCGACACAAAGACAGGAUAUGCUGCAGAACCUGUUGGAAGCACAAGUGCAUACUAUGCGUCUUUCUGAUGAAUAUGGAUUAAAAAAAAUCCCUGACUCAGAGGCUGGCGACCUCCAAAACCCUCGACGCCCGACUGAAGAAGAGAUUGUUUUACUGGCAACUGUUCUUUUUUUGGGAAGUUUUCAGACCUCAUCGGUAACACUAAGCUUCAUGUCGGUGUUGCUUGCCAUGCAUCCGGAAAUUCAAGAAAAAGUAAGGCAGGAAGUAAAGGAUGCCAUCGCAAGUUCGGGAUGUCUGGAUUACGACACCGUGACGAAGAAACUAAGGUACACGAGGCAGGUUAUGUGCGAGACACUGCGUUUGUUUCCACCUUCCGUUACGUUUCACACAAGAACUGCAAAGGAAAGCUUUACGUACAAAGGCAUCACGUUCAAGGCUGGAACGUGUAUAUCGGCUCCCGUAAUACAACUGCACAGAGAUCCACAACAUUGGCCCGAACCAAACAAGUUCGACCCUGACAGGUUCGAUCCUGAAAACAAAGAAGGCUAUUGCAAGGCUGCGUUCCAGCCUUUUGGUGUUGGACCACGCAGAUGUGUCGGAUACAAGUUGGCAAUCCUUCAAGUCUUGUACUUCACCGCAAGGAUUGUGGCCGAAUUCAAGAUGGAAGUCGGAGAAGCACAGAAGGGUGAUAUUCCGGUACGUAUUAUCGGAAUGAUGUCGAAGCUGGACAAUGGACCCUGGAUCAAAUUCACAAGGAUAUAAUUUCGCCACUUUCAGCAGAAAAAACCACGAACCACAUGCUGCACUGUGCAGAAUAUAUAAAAAUACUGCUACUGCUUCGAGCAUUUAGAACAUCAGCUGUUUUGCGCAUAUACUUGUAAUGUAACGCGUGUAUUGUCCUUUUUUUACAAAUGUUCAUGCCCCCAGAUUAAACCAAAUGUUCCAGAUUUUGCCUUCAAAUCUACAAGCAUUAUAUUUUCUUUUGUUUAGUAUACAUGUUCUGCUGGCUGUUUGGUUAGUACACAUGUUCAGGCGAUUUUAGUACAUUCACAAAAUAAUAAAUCAAGAGUUUUGAACAUUUUAAAUGUAUGACAUGCGGCCUGUUUUGCAGAGGCAAGGUGUAUAUGAGCAAAUGUUUGCUUUGCAGAGAAAUAUAACAAUGUUCGAAUUAUUCUUAGAAUGAAACGUUACAUUUUACACUUUGAACAAUUUUCAGAUGCUCUUAAAAACGUAUAUAUAAUCAAUUCUUAACGGGUUGUUAAGGAGCUAUAUUUAAGCGGUACA